AUGGAUCGCAAUACCAUAGAAGGGAAUAGUUCACCACAACUAUCGACUUUUCAGUCUCAACCUGGAGUUGCAGGAGCGACAAUUUCUUCGAUAACCCAUUCGGCUAUUGGGCUAUUACAGCAUGAUGCGUCUGGUAAAGGAUUAUAUGUUGUAGAAGCACCGCAACAACAUGCUUACACAAUAUUUAACGGCGAUCAACGAUUUGUUGCUGGUAAUGUGGAUUUCAAUCCCAACUCUGCUGUUACCACAACAGGAAAUAAUGUUCACCAAAUUGCUUUGUACAGUAACGUUUUAUGCCGCGAUAGCACAGUGGUUGCGGUCAAUUGUGUUAGUCAUAAAGGACCGACUGUGCACUUUCUGUGGAACAUCAUGCAAAACAAGCGAUCACCAUACUCUCCCUACCGUUCAUUCGGUGUAGUCCGCGAUAUAGACCAGGGUUAUAAAGCGAAACCCCUCUCUCCAUGGCUAGCCUAUGAGUGUGGUGUAGCUAGACCGGGAACGGUUCGGUUCGGUUCAAUACCUUGA